CAGCAUCUCGAUGUUUCAAUCGGUGGGCGAGGAGAGAAGGUGCGCAUGUAGAAAAUGGGCCGCGCAUUUCUCCUGUGGGCUUUUAUAUCCACCGAUUUGACAGCAUCCCUCUGCUGGUGAUGCUCGACGCAGAUGUUGCCGCGAGGAGCGGGUUUGGCGGAGGAGCGCGGUGCCUUGCAUCGCCUUGUUUGUGCAUUUCUGCGCAGUUAUCUGUCCUCUUCGUCUUCUGAUCAAACGGCGUCACAUGCAGCUGAAAAGCUCUUUAACGCAUCAGAUAAAAUGUCUCUGGGUGAAUGCAGCAGCCCACAGGAUUUGGACCAACACCAGAGGCCAGCAUGCUCGGACCAGAGGACGUUUCUUCUAUAACGAGCGCGAAUCAAACUUACUAGAUUUUGGCACUUAGCAUCAAUUUAAGACUCAGCCAUGGGGGAUGAGAGCAGCCUGUCCCGGCAGAUAGAGAGUGUGGAGAGGAGCAUGGUCUUCCUCAGACAGGAACACCUCACUUUACUCCAUGGCCUCCAUCUGGAGAUCCUCUCCUUGCAGAAACGAUGCUCAGAGCUGACAAAUGAGCUGAAGGUGAAGCCUCCAGGCAGAAGCCAAAUAGAGCUACAGGAAGAAGAGGAGCUCCUGGAGGCCCAAUACCGACAGAUGGAAAACCGUCUGGCCGAGCGGGAGAGCACCUUAGGAGAGCUUCAUAAGGAGCUGAGUCAUAAGGGGGUUCUGGUGGGAGCCCUCAGAGCCAAUCUCAAGGAAAAGGAGCGCCAUUUCCUAGAGGAGCUUAAACGCCGCAGCCACUGCUCCACCAUCCUCAACACAGAGCUGCAGAAACAAACAGAGGCAGCAGCGUACCUCUCCUUCCAGCUGCACGCUGCCAGGCAGAAACUACACCACCAGCGGAUGCAGCAGAGGCAGGGACUCCUCAGCAGAGCCAACAGCCAGGGGUCCCAGUAUGGUGCUGAGCAGAACUCCGUUUCCUCUCCACUGAUGCCAUCAGGAGCUUCCCCUUCCUCCCCUGUGGUCAAACCUAAGCGUAAGAGUGUGAGGGCAUCUUCGAGAGUAGAGCGUGCCCGCGAGUGUGUGCCUAUAGAGAAAGUGCUGGGCCCCGCAGAGCCCACGGCCAUGCCUGACCCUGCGCUCUUCCUCCACCCACGAAGGCACAGGGCUCGCUCUCGGCACACUGCGGCACAGAGACAGCCUUCGCUUGGCCUGGAGAAGGAGGAUGAGGAGGAAGGAGGAGGGGAGGGGCCAGUGGAGCCCCAGGAAGAAGCUGCAAAACUGGUUUCUUCAGCUGCAGCGCCCCCUGCUGCUGAAACCAAAGCAGAUUAACAACAACUAUGACCUGUGCUUGUGACUGCAGCUUGUAUGAUUAUCUACUGUCAGACUGUUACUGCUGUUACCUUUGGUCCUGCACCUUGAUUGAACUGAGACUGGUUUUAGCUUUUGAAUUAUAUUACACUUAUUGUGACACUUUUUUAAAACAAGGACUUUGAUAUAUAGCGUACAUUAAUUGCAAAGCAAAACUAAGUAAAUGUCACUUUAAUUCAGUCUUAAAGUUGAAUUAGGUAUCUGUUUACACUGGUGUCACAUGCUCAUUUUCCUCUGGGGCCUUAUUUCAAAGUAACCCCUUUCAGAUGAACAGUGAUGUGAGUAGCAGACAUUUAGUCAGAGUCCUGAUGUGUGGCCCAACCAACUGUGACCCCUCAAAGUCAACCAUAAAUCAACCAUGUGACCAAAUGUUUGUGUGUCCCCUGACUGAGACACAGCUGAAAAUACCCAGAGUGCUGUGCACAUCCGUGUUUGUCCUACAUGUGAAAACAUUUUUUUUUUUUUGGAAAGUAGUGGUUCUUAUUAUGUUUCAACAACAGCAGACAGGCAUGGUAUUUUUGUUAAAUAUUUCAUCAGUUACAACAGCACAUCACAUAUUUGCUUAAAAUAUCAUUGCUUUAAGAUUUUUUUUAUGUCUGGUUAUACAUAUAAGCCCUAAAUCCACUAGUAGCAGCACUUUAGGGAACACCACUGCAAGGGAAAACUUUAUUUGAUACAAGGCCUGCUAAUACAACCUUAGUUCCAAAAAAGCUGGGGCACUGUGUGAAAUGUAAAAACCUAAUGCAAUGAUUUACAAAUCUCAUAAACCUAUAUUUUAUUCACAAUAGAACAUG